GGCCGCGGUGCCGCCUGGGAGCCGACCCUCCGCCCGCCACCUUGAGUUUAAAGGGAACAACAAGCGGAGUGAGGGAGCGCCCGGACCGAGGGAGGGAGCGCCCCGCGCCCGGAGACCCACACGUAGCGCUCGGCAGGCUCCCGCGACAUGUCCACCAUGGUUUACCCCAGGGACGAGAAGCUGGAAAAGCUGAGCCAGGAGGACAUCAUCGCCAACACCAAGCUGGUGAUGCAGGGGCUGGAGGCGCUGAGGAAUGAGCACAGCUCCAUCCUGCACAGCCUGGUGGAGACCAUCCGCUGUCUGAAGAAAGACGAGGAGGCCAACCUGGUGCACGAGAAGUCCAGUCUCAUCCGCAAGUCGGUGGAGAUGAUCGAGCUCGGCCUGGGAGAGGCCCAGGUGAUGAUGGCCCUGUCGAACCACCUGAACGCGGUGGAGGCGGAGAAGCAGAAGCUGCGGGCGCAGGUGCGGCGCCUGUGCCAGGAGAACCAGUGGCUGCGGGACGAGCUGGCAGGCACGCAGCAGAAGCUGCAGCGUAGCGAGCAGGCAUCGCGGCAGCUCGACGAGGAGAAGAAGCACCUCGAGUUCAUGAACCAGCUCAAGAAAUACGACGACGACACCUCCCCCUCGGAUGAGAAGGAGGGAGAGGCUUCGAGAGAUUCGCUGGAUGACCUGUUCCCCGAGGAGGAGGAGCACGGGCCUGGGGCAGCCUCACACGCCCACAGCAGCAGUGCAGUAGCAGCAGCGCAGCAGUGCGGUUACGAGAUCCCGGCGCGCCUGCGGACGCUGCACAACCUGGUGAUCCAGUACGCCUCGCAGGGGCGCUACGAGGUGGCUGUGCCGCUGUGCAAACAGGCGCUGGAGGACCUGGAGAAAACCUCGGGGCACGACCACCCCGACGUGGCCACCAUGCUCAACAUCCUGGCCCUGGUGUACAGGGACCAGAACAAGUACAAGGAGGCCGCACACCUCCUCAACGACGCUCUCAACAUCCGGGAGAAAACACUGGGCAAGGACCACCCAGCCGUGGCAGCCACCCUCAACAACCUGGCCGUUCUGCAUGGGAAGAGGGGCAAGUACAAGGAGGCCGAGCCCCUGUGUAAGAGGGCGCUGGAGAUCCGUGAGAAGGUGCUGGGCCGGGACCACCCUGACGUGGCGAAGCAGCUGAACAACCUGGCGCUGCUGUGCCAGAACCAGGGCAAGUACGAGGAGGUGGAGUACUACUACCGGCGCGCCCUCGACAUCUACCAGAGCCGCCUCGGCACCGACGACCCCAACGUCGCCAAGACCAAGAACAACCUGGCCUCCUGCUACCUGAAGCAGGGCAAGUACAAGGAGGCGGAGACGCUGUACAAGGACAUCCUGACCCGCGCCCAUGAGAAGGAGUUUGGAUCCGUCAACGGGGAGAACAAACCCAUCUGGAUGCACGCAGAGGAGCGGGAGCAGCUCAGCAAGGCCCGGCACAAGGACAGUGCUCCCUACGCUGAGUACGGCGGCUGGUACAAGGCCUGCAAGGUCAACAGCCCGACAGUCAACACCACGCUGAGGAACCUCGGAGCCCUGUACCGGCGUCAGGGCAAGCUGGAGGCUGCCGAGACCCUGGAGGAGUGUGCCACCCGUUCUCGCAGACAGGGUCUGGACCCCAUUCACCAGACCCGCGUGGUGGAGAUCCUGAAGGAUGGUGAAACGGUGGAACGCCGGCGCAGCCUGGUGGCCAAUCCGGUGAAAUACGAGGGCGGCUCGGAGGGCAGCGAGGAGGUCAGCGUUGGAGUGGAGUGGACCGGGGACGGCAGUGGCUCCCUGCGGAGGAGUGGCUCCUUUGGGAAGAUCCGGGAUGUCCUGAAGCGAAGCAGCGAGAUGCUGGUGAAGAAACUGCAAGGGAACAGUCCGCCUGAGCCCAAGAACCCCAGCAUGAAGCGGGCAUCCUCCCUCAACUACCUGAACCGCACCAACGACGAGCUCUUCCAGGCCUCGAGUAACCUGGCCGAGUCGAGGGGUCUGAGCGCCAGUAACGUCGACCUGUCCCAUCGCCACUCCCUCCUGGGGCAGAACUAGGUGGGGGGGGGGUGGGGGAGGGGGCAGGCAGCCUGACGGGGAGGGAGUCAGCCCCCACCUUUACCCACACCCACCCACCCGACCCCUCACCUGUAACCCUGUGACCAUGGGUUCCCCCGGGGGGCUCCAGUUCCUUCCCACAUCCCAACCACGUGCGGGGUCACUGGGGUAAUCACCCCCCCCCCCCGUGUGUGGGUGAGGGGGAGAACCUGGGGGGAGUGGGUGGGGGCAGUGGGUUCGAGGGGAAAUGAGUGGGGAAGCUCUGAGCCAGCAUGGACAAUGAGCAGAAUGGCCUCAGCCUGUGCCGCAAGGACAUGUGUCCCACCCCCUGUGUGAGGGGGUAGGGGGUCAGAGCUGGGGGUGCCAGUGGGACUGACAGAGGGCUCUGUGAGCUGGCAGGGAGCUCUCUCACUCCCAGGGGGAAGCUCCCUCACCCUCAAGGGAAACUCCCUCACCCUCAGGGGAAGCUCCCUCACUCCCCAGGGCCUGCACCUCACAGUCACUAGCCUCCAGUUCCUCGCCCUGUCACUGGGACACCAGUGUGGGGUCUGGUGCCCACUCACAGACCCCGGCCACGGGCUGCCCCACCACCCGAUACCAACAGGGAUGAUGCCCGUGCUGCAGGAGGGCCACUCGGCCCGCGUUUCCCUGCAGCCCCUUCAUCCCGUUCCCUUCCCCCUUCCCCUCGGCCCCCUCCCCUGGGUUCUGGAGCUGACACUCGGCCCGUGUGUCUGUGGGAGGGAGGGGCCACUGCCUGCCCCUCACGGUCUGGGUCUGGGUCUGGUGCUCCAGCCUGCUGCUGCCGUCUGAUGUUCAGACACGUUUGACACUACAGUGAGCUGCCUUCCCCGAGCUGACCCUCGCCUGACACCCCGUGAACAGUUACCUCCAACGCAGGCCUGUGUUUACACCAGCCUAGCCCACGUACAGUCGCACACAGUCUGACCCUGGCUGGUGCACAGACCUGCAUCUCAGUCACUGCAGAGCGAUGUGACUGUGCCUGGCACCCAGCCCGGCUGCUGAGCCAGUGGGUAACCAGGGAGUGUGUGCUAUUUCCCGUAGUCGUAGACCAAGUGAAUGAACCUGAUUUAAGUAUUUCCAAGGCAAUCCCUGUGUCCGGAUAUACUCAGCAGGCCAGGCAGCGUCCGUGGGGAAAAAGUCAACGUUUCUGGUGGAUGGACUCGUGCGCAGGGGUCACAGACCUGGAAUGUGCACGCUGCUCCCCUCCCCCCAGAAGCUGCCUGACCUGCUCACCGGUCCGCUGCUGCUUCUGCCUUCCAGUGUCUGCAGAUGUUUGCUCUGGGUCGCAGUGCUUCUCUGAUGCAGCCUUCUGUCUGCUUCCUUCAAUAAAGUUUGAUUUGAAAGGAGAA